CAAGGUCAUUCAUGCGUUAACUAGAUUGUUUCAUUUUGGGCUGUUACAGUUUUGAGUCAUCCAUUAACAUUAGUUAGAUAUCCUGUUGGAAAUAUUCACGUAUUCCUCAUCAUUUUUUGCGGAAACAAAGUUAUUUACCUGAUUAUACUGAUUUGCUCUGCUUUCACGUUUCAAGGUCUUUGGUGCAUUCGUUCGCUUAAGUGGCCACCGUUCCAAGGGCGCGAGGUAGGAGCGUGGUAAUUUCGUACUUGAUAUGUUGCUCUAAAAUAAUUUCGUUGAGCUGUGUAUCACAAUAACUUAUACUCUCAUGAAAUGUUGGACUGUGUGAAGCGCUGUUCAGUCAGUUCUACACUUAAUAACAAUUAUAAGGACUUUGGAAAGGUUCAUUUAUUUGACAAAAAUCCUGAAACUUGUUGGAAUUCUGACUGUGGUAGCCCCCAGUGGAUCCACCUUGAACUGCAUGAAGUACAUCGCCUUGUCACAUUCAGAAUACAAUUCCAAGGAGGAUUUUCAAGUACAGAGGUUACAAUCGAAGGUUGGGACGGUGAUGAGAAAAACAAAUAUGCAUUUCUUGUUUACCCUCAAGAUAACAGUUCAGUUCAGUCCUUUAAUGUUCAUUUACCCAGAAAAUGUAGCAAUUAUCGCCUUGUCUUCAACAAAUCUUCAGAUUUAUAUGGUCGUAUAAUAAUAUAUCGCCUAGAACCUGAAUUUGAGUAACUGGUAAUUUGUAUUUCCAAACAACUCGUACGUAAAUGCGAAUAUUUUAACGGUUAAAACCGCCAUUUUUCCUAUCGGAAUUCUCUCAGCAGUAUUUCGUAAAAAACUGCCUCCUGACUACACUCUUCAGGUAACAAAGUCUAAAUAUGCUUCCACUGUAUUAAAAUAAGCAGAAU